UUAUUGACCUCAACCUACAAAUGUUACAAAACUCUUAACUGAAGCUCUUUCCGCAUUUUGCUUUAGUCCGAGCAAAAUCCACUGUUGCAUCUUGUUAGCUAAAGCAACUGCUGUCGAUAAACGGGGAGGCAACCGUAUCUUCCUUCACAGGUGAAAACGCAGGAAAUGGACCAGUUUAAGGAGGUGACAGCAGGAGUGGACAGGCUCUACUCCAUUCCAUCAACCCGCUUGCAGCAUCAGGGCACUUAUCAGUGCGAGAUGUACUCAGGCAGUCGCUCCAUUGUCAGGCUCUACUUCUACAUCACAGUGACCCCCCAGCUUGUGGCAGGCCACACAGAGCUGCAGGAGAUAUUUGACCUGUCUCUGCUCCCAGGAGGGCAGUUACUCGCCGCGCCUGGCGCAGCUCCUCGCUCCUUCCUCCGCCUCCUCCUGUUUCUUCUCACCACCUGUUUAACCACUUCACUGCUGCUGCUGUUCCUCUCCCUGGGGGUCUUGUACUGGACAUCGGUCUCAGAGGGAGAGCGUCCUGUUGGAAAUACAGAUGAAGACGAAGUUUUGGGGCCUGUCUUGUUAUGA